UUAAGGGCAAAUCCACGAAUAAACGGAACUAUAAAAAUACGACUUGCAAUUUUUCUCUACUUGUUUUCAUUUGAAUUUUUUUAAACCGUUAUAAUUUCUUCAAUUUGUCAAUAAAAAUUUCUGAUAAUCUACUAAUAAUUUUUUUAAAAUUUCUUUAACUUUCGAUUUUGGAGGUAAGUUCGGGAAAAAAAAUGUUUUAAUUACGAUUUAUACUUUAAAGUGAAGUGAAAAACGUUGUGAAAUAUAAUCCAAAAAACAUAAUUAUAGAUAUGAAGGAAAAAAGUUCAACAAAGAGGUCUAAAAACUAUCGGGAUCGUUUGAAGUUGAUAGGAAAUGAGGAAAAGCUUAAUGAACAUAUUCAAAAGCAAAAUAAUUCUUGGAAAAAUUAUCAUGAAAAUAUGAUUUUUGGUGAAAAAGCAGCAGAAUACAAGAAAAAGAGAAGUGAAGCUACUAAACGAUGGAAGUUAAAGAAGAACGAAAAAAAGUCCAAUUUAAAAUAUGGUGACGAUAGUCCAGAUGUAGGUUUUAAGUCGCAGAAAGGACUUAAGAAAGCUGUUAAAAAGAUCCAAAAUAGUCUUCCAAAAACAAAACAAAAAGCUGUUGAGGCAAUUAAAGUCGUUGCACAAGAUUUAGAUUUGGAAGUUAAGAUAAGGAAGACAGAAACAAAGACUACAAAUGGACGUAAGAACUUUCAGCAGACUUCUGACCUUGUGAAAGUUUUCUAUGAAUCUGAUGAUAUUUCACGUCAAAUGCCUGGAAAGAAAGAUACAAUUACUGUAAAAUUAGAUGGUGGAAUCAAAGAAGUAUUACAAAAAAGGUCAAUGUUGAUGACAGUUGAUAGAGCCUAUGAACAGUUUAAAGAAACAAAUCCUGAAAUUGAUGUAUCCAGAUCAAAGUUCUACCAACUGAAACCGCCAAACAUUCUGCUAAUAUCAGAAAUACCAAAAGAUGUUUGCUUAUGUUGCUACUGUGAAAAUUUUAAUUUUUUGUACAUGGCCCUUCGACCUUUUUUCCUGCUUGAAGACAUUGGAAAUUUGAAGGAUUUUUUAGGAAAGUUUUCGUGUUCUGAUGAUUAUGAAUGUGCUGCAAGUCUUUGUUAUAAUUGUCAAGAUUAUGAAUCAAUGCUCGAUCAAUGCUUAAUACCAUUCAGUGAUAAUAAAUCUAUUAAGUGGUUUAAGUGGGUAAAGGAUGGAAAUUUUUAUCAAAAAGAGCUAUUGAGAGGAAUGGUACUGUCUGAUGCUGUUGAAGCUUUCGCAAAAACUUUCAAGUAUUACAAGCAGCAUGUGUAUUUAAUCAAAGCCCAAUAUCGUGCGAUUUCUACGUUGAAAAAAGAAACUGAUCAUACAAAAGCUGUUAUCCAAAUGGACUAUAGCGAGAACUUUACAACCUUUAGCCAAAAAGAAAUACAAGCUGCCCAUUUCAACCGACGUCAAAUUUCAUUAUUUACGGCUAUUGCAACAGUCCAGAAUUCAGUCAACAUUUCAUUUGCAAUAGUAAAUAACGAUAUAAGGCAUUCAAAAUUCCAGGUUUUGUAUUAUAUGAAACUUUUAAUAGAGAAUGUCAGGCAUUUGUACCCAAACUUAGCGCACGUUGAUUUUGUAACUGAUGGAUGUGCAAGUCAGUUCAAAAAUAAAUUUAUCCUGACUGAUUUACUUCACAUCAAAUCUGAUUUUGGCAUAAAUGCAACAUGGCAUUUCAUGCCCACAUCACACGGCAAAAGUGCCGCCGAUGGAAUCGGAGGCAUUUUGAAACGUCAGGUCUCAAACAGAAUUAAGACAGGACUGUUUGAAGUUCAUUCUGCAGCUGACUUUGUUGAUUGUGCAAGAAGUUUUGUAAAAAAAAUUAACAUUAUAUUGGGUACGAAGAAUGAAAUGAAUUCAGAAUUAUCUUUCCUUGGAAACAGAUGGGAUAAAGUGAACGUGAUUCCAGGAACACAGUCGUUGCAUUUUUUCGAGCCGUUAGAGUCAAAUCUGCUCCUCGGAGCAGUUUCAUCAGAUCGUGAUGGUGCUACAAUAUUUCGUAUCUUUUAAUGUUUUUAUGCUUAAGUUUUUCUACAUGUAAUCUAAAUUCCAACUAAUAAAUUUUGAAUAACAUCUCUAAAAUUGUUCUUUAAGUUAAUUAUUUUUUAAAUUAUGUAGGCUUUGUUCGUACAGUUUUUCGUAAAAAGUUUUUAACAACGACAAAUGUUGGUGAAAAUUUCUUUACAAAUUUUAACGUUAAUUUUGAUUUUGAAUUUUUGUACAGUUUCGUGUUUUGCAAUAAAGAGUUGAA